CGAACUCCAUGCCACGCAUAAACCUGCCUCACGCCUAAUUUUGCUGCCAACUGGCAGAACAGUAUCCCGUAUCGUGGUCCUUUGUUGCUUGCGCAUUAUUUGGUUCCGUAUUCGUGCUAGUUGUCGCGCAGCAUCGCAAACACAAUAACAGACAAAGAGGCAUGUUUGUGCUGAGAGCCACAUGAAUAUGUGGUCGACUCUUGCAAUCCUCUUGGCCAUUAACGCUCAGGCUCACGGGAAAACUGCUCGACUAAUUACUUUGAAUGGGCAACCGUUGGUUGAAGUUCUCAAAAAGAUACGACCUGUCGAACACGGAACUUUUAAAGGAACGAUGGGUUCCCCGCCAGACCAAGCACUCCUUGUCACUUCCACUAUCCCAGGUCCUGGUGGAGUGGGUAAGCUACCAGCGCUGGGAUUCAAUUCAUGGAACGCCUACCACUGUCAAAUCAAUGAAGACCAUUUUCUGAAUGCUGCCAAGCUCAUGGUUGAGCUUGGCCUUACGAAAGUAGGAUACGAGUAUGUUAACAUUGACGAUUGCUGGUCGGAGAAAUCACGCGAUCCCAUAACCCAUCGCCUCAACCCAGAUCUAUCCAAGUUCCCUGACGGAAUCCAUGGCACCGCUGAGAAGAUCCACUCUCUAGGCCUCAAAAUUGGAAUCUAUUCCAGCGCAGGGACAGCAACGUGUGCCGGAUACCCUGCAUCUCUAGGAUAUGAAGAUAUUGACGCGCAAACUUGGGCUGAAUGGGGGAUCGACUAUCUUAAAUAUGACAAUUGCAAUGUGCCUCUUGAAUGGCAGGACGAAUGCGAGUGGUGCGUUGUCGAUCUUGAUAAUCACAAGAGCUUCACCCCGGGACCCAAUGGAACUUGUCCCCAGUCAGGAGGCGAUUGGUGCCCGCCUGGGUACGAUUUUGGCCAAAGCAGAACAGCUGAACGAUAUAGGAGAAUGCAAAGAGCCAUCAAUCGGACUGACAGGUCUAUUUUGUACAGUCUCUGCGAAUGGGGGACCGCGAACGUUCAGUCUUGGGGAGCAGACGUUGCUCAGAGCUGGCGAAGUACAGGCGAUAUUUUUCCAAACUGGGACCGUAUCCUUGAGAUCUUAAACGAAAAUUCUUUCUACAUGAAUCACGUAGAUUUUUAUGCCCAUUCCGAUGCAGAUAUGCUAGAAGUUGGUAACUUACCCUACUCUCCAACAGUUGAAGCCGAAACACGAUCACACUUCGCGCUCUGGGCGGCAAUGAAGUCCCCUUUGCUCAUCGGAACUGACCUGUCUAAAUUAAGCUACCAUGAUCUGGACGUACUUAAGAAUCCUUAUCUGCUGUCCUUUAAUCAAGACGACACGUAUGGCAAGCCUGCUCAACCAUAUAAAUGGGGGACGAACCCGGAUUGGACAUUCGAUGCUAAGCGACCAGCGGAAUAUUGGGCAGGGAAAAGUAAGAUUGGAACAUUGGUGCUGGUUCUAAAUACUGAUGAUUCUGUGUCCAAUAAGACCAUUGAUUUUGAUGAAAUUCCGGGAUUAGAUGGAAAUAAGAGUUAUAUGGUCACGGAUAUUUGGACAGGUAGAGUUUUGAAUUGUAUCGUUGGCGGGAUUGUCGCCGAGAUCUCAGCACACGACACGGCUGCCGUAAUUGUUGGACCAGAAUGUUGAAGCAAUCUGUCAUACAGGACAGGCGAGACACAAUUCGCGACGCGGAGAAUCACCUGUUGUGGUCCCAUACCCCAGAGCAUCAUGACGCUCAUUCCUAGGAUCCUUUGUUAUUGUUUCCAGUAGUUUUAGAUCCAUUGUAUGUUAUGUCAAAUGGGAAAUUAUGGCAUUGUGCCCUUGCGGAGAGCUAUUUAAUUUGUUA